AUGGUGGCUGUUCUGAACGAAAGCUGUGAGUACGAUGGCAUGGGCCCAGUCAGCCGCGAGCCGGGUCCAGGCCUUCGACCGAUUUCACUGCGUUCGCUGCAUUCGCCUUUGCCAUCACAGUUCUCCGUGCCCCCGUCGCCGGCCUCUUACGGCCAGUGCGCCCCGAGCGAGGACAGCGAGAUCCGCUUGGAGCUUUUCAGCGAGUCACUUCAGCGGCUGAGCCGUGAGGUUCGACGACACGAGGACCAGCAACUGGCCCAGCAGCGGCACAUGGUGAGGUUGGAGAGCACUUUGCAAGGCCUUCAGGAAGAUCAGGAAGUUCGGACAUCCCGGGCGCCGGUGGAUGUUUGCUUCGACUCCCUCUCUGCCAGGCUGCAAGCCAUCGAGCGAAGCCAGGCAGCCCUGGCCGCCGGUGCGCAACGCGCUCUGAGAUUGGCCCUGAAGACAGCGGAUGCACAGAAGUCUUUCUGCGAGAGCCAGAAUGAGGCGCACGGCCGCUGCGUGCAUGAGACGGCCCAGAGCACCACGCGGCUCCAGGCUCUGGAGCGAGCCGUGGUCGAAGUGGAGGAGCGCCUGGCAAAAGCGGCUGCAGGGACGGAGCUGUCGGGCUUCAGCGCACGGCUGGCUCACAACGAGGCAGCACAGAAGCGGCUGGAGCAGCGGAUGAAGCAGUUCGAGGCUGAGGAGCUGGAGGGUCGGUUCUCGAAGCUUGAAGCCGUGACGAAGGAACUCAGAACCCAGCUGCAGGAGCAAGCUCCCGCAGGCAGGGAUGCAAAGCAGGCCGAGGACGUUCAGAACCACCUGGCGCAGCUCGAGGCCUCCAUUUCAGACCAGGGACGGCAGCUGCGCGGCUGCCAAAGCCUCGCAGAUGAGAAUGCCAAGCAGCUGAAGGACCUCGACACAGCUAUGGCCGAGCUGCAGGGCGCAGCAGUGGCGGAAGCAUUGUUCGGAGGAUCUGCAGCACCUGAGGACGAUGCGCCUUUGAAGUCGGAUUCAGGCGCAGAGAUCGAAGCUCUGUCAUCUCAGCUGGCGCGCCUUGAGGAGCAGCUCGGUGCUGCCAGAUUGCCAGAGCUGCGUCGCGAGAUGGAGGAUUUGCGCAGUGGCCUUAGGGCGCCGGAGCCCGAGGCGGAAGCGCCCAUCGUCGAAGGUGUCAAAGUGGAGCCUGCAGCCAAAGCGAUUUUGGAGCUGCGAGGGCGCCUUGAGGACUUGGCAGAGAUCGUCGAUGAGCGCAAUCUUUCGCAGAUGCGACAAGUUGCAAGCCUCGUCCCGGAGUUGAAGGCACACGUGGAGCGCUUCGGCAAGCAGUGCGCGCAGUGCUCGGCCAAAACCGAAGCCUUUGAGGUUCGUUUGGAUCUCACCAGAACGAACCUGGACACGCAAGAGCAGCGCCUUCAGGCCUUGUCCGAGCGAGUGGAGAAAGGCUUGGUGCGGAGUUGCCUGCCUUCACCGGGAGCGUCUUGUGCUGUUCCGGGUGAGAAGCUUACGCUUUUCAACAAGCCGAAGCAUGUCCACUUCGCACCAGCAUCCUGCGGAGAUCAACUGCCCACGCUGCUGCCAAAGGAGCCUUUCUUCUCCAUGCAGAGCGCCAAGGUAUCGCAAAAGCUCGACGAGCUGUGUGCCAAACUCCCACCGAAGGAGCCUCCUGCAAAGAUUCAGGAGGAGGUGGCUCAGGAGGCACCCUCCGGCUCGGAGGAGAAGAUACCGCAGGACAUACCAGCUGACAAACCUGUGGUGGAGAAGACGCCGCCACCAUCGCCAGUGCGCAGUUCCAUCUCUGAUUUCACGGGCUGCUGA